UCGAGAACACAUGAAUUCUGAAUCGAAAAUCGACACACAGUGAUCGGAUGUGAGCCUACUCGCAGACAGACUGUCGCGCCAAACCAUGCAGAUGCAGAUGUCCAGGUUUAGCAUCACCAUGUCCAGCCAUUGACGUCUAAGUUUAGGAUCGCCGUGUCCAGCCAUGGACGUCCAAGUUUAGCAUCCUAACCACACCUCAAUGACAAUUGUCUUCCUUAACCAGCGACAAGUCGCUCAAUCUCCGGCGAAGCAAAUUGCACCACCAUGGCUCCGAUCGUCUCCUCCUUUGCCGCAGCGGUGCUUCUACUCCUCGCACUGGCGUCACCGGCGGCAGCCUUCAACAUCACCAGAAUCCUUGGCGAGUUUCCCGACUUCUCCACGUUUAACGGCCUCCUCAGUCAGACGAAGCUCGCCGACGAGAUCAACCGCCGGCAGACUAUUACGGUGCUGGCAGUCAACAAUGGAGGGAUGGGCGCCAUCACCCCGCUCCCCUCAGACGUCCAGCGGAAGGUGCUCGCCGUGCACGUGGUCCUGGACUACUACGACACGGAGAAGCUGGGCAGCAUGAAGAACCGCUCGGCCGUGCUCACGACGCUCUUCCAGUCCACCGGCCAGGCCACCAACCGGAUGGGCUUUAUCAACUACACCAGGCGCGCCGCCGACGGCGUCAUGAUGUUCGGCUCCGCCGAGCCCGGCGCCCCGUUGACGUCCCAGAUGGUGAAGCCCGUCAUGUCCCGCCCCUACAACAUCUCCGUGCUGGAGGUCAGCUCUGCCAUCGUGCCGCCCAGCAUCGGCUCCGUCGACAACAGCAGAGCUCGCGCUCCGGUGCCUGCCCAUACUAAGACUCCUGCGCCAGUACCGGCGCCGUCCAAUAGCAAGAAGCCAAAGACGGAGGGAGCCCCCACCCCUGCUCCUGCCCCGUCCGACGACGAUUCUAGCGCUGACGCACCUGCCGACGCGGACGGGCCCGACGCGGAUGGCCCGGCGGCGGAUGGGCCCGACGCGGACGGCCCCGAUGCGGAUGCGCCGGCAGAUGAUGACGACAAGAGCAGCGACGACACCGGGGACGCUGCGGGCAGGGUGGUUGCCCGUGCAAGUCUCGGUAUCGUGGCGCUUCUGGCGAUUGUUGUUUCGCUCUGAUUUAUGCCCGUACAAGUAGGUUAGAUACGGUUCAAAGCAGCACUAUGAUGGUGUGUAGGCAAAACGUGAUCGGAAUGGCUGUCAAAUCGAAAUUACCAAGAGAAGGCACACUGUCAGGAUGUGCGAGAUAGGAGGGACGCCGUAGGCGAUUUACUGCUCAGUAUCGUUUGGUGCCUAGUCGAGUGUGUGUCACCUAUUUAGUUCUGUAGGAUUUAGCCUGCCACGCAGAGUUCGAUAGAAGCUUAUGCUGAUUGGG